AAUUGUCUUCCUCUGUUGGCCAUCGUCGUUGUCAUAUAUUUGCAGUUGCCGCUUAUCGGCUCCGUCUUUACAGGUGAAAUACAAAACUUUUGUUUUAGAGAUCAAAGGCUCAGUACCUUCUUUUUUGCACUUGGUAGGUUGCACACAAGUUGCUCGAUAAAAUGCUUGAAUGAAGUUUUAUUCUCACAUUGGUUACAUUCAAGUGGAUGCCACCAUAAGGGUCGCAACGGAUCAGGCAUGUGGAGAUUCAACAGAAGUUGUUCUAGAUCAGAUUGCUGUGCCAACAAAAACAGAAGUUCUAUGUACAAAAAGCUUGCACGUCAUGCUUAUGAAAUUGUUGGGCGGAUCAGUGGAAGACGGUCGGGCAAUCAGUCGAUGGUUAGUGGUGAAGAACUAACUAAAGGGGAUCGGAUCAUGUUUCUUCCCUGUGGUCUUGCUGCAGGGUCAUCUAUAACAGUGGUGGGAACUCCUAAUUAUGCUCAUAAAGAGUAUGUUCCUCAGCUUGCAAGAAUAAAGGGAUGUGAUCCGAUGGUUUUGGUUUCGCAGUUUAAAGUUGAGUUGCAGGGGCUAAAAUAUGUGGUUGCGGAGGAUCCGCCGAAAAUUUUGCUUCUGAAUCCUCGGUUGAGAGGUGAUUGGAGCCAUCAACCGGUUAUUGAACACAAUACGUGCUAUAGAAUGCAAUGGGGGCGGCUCAGAGGUGUGAUGGUUUACCAUCAAAAGGCGAUGACGACAUGCUUGUUGAUGGAUUUCCGAGAUGCGAAAAUUGGAUGCGUAACGAUGUGGUGGAUUCAAAAGAGUCACGAACAUCAUCAUGGUUCAAAAGGUUUAUAGCACGGGCGCAGAAACACGAAAUGACUUGGCCAUUUCCUUUUGUGGAAGUCUUGCCACUUGCAAUUGCAAGUUCAAAUUGUGAGUGCUUCAUAUGUGAUGAUGACACUUUUACAAGGGUGGAUACCGUCUUGAAAGAACUAAAGAGGGUCCCGCAACAACGAUCCCUUUACAUGGGAAAUCUUAAUCUCUAUCACCGGCCUCUUAGACAUGGCAAAUGGGCUGUCAGUUUUGAGGAAUGGCCAGAAGCAGUAUAUCCACCUUAUGCAAAUGGACCAGGAUAUAUUAUUGGUUUAUAUGUACCAGGAUAUAACUUUAGAUGAGAAGAAGUCAGCAAUUGAUGCGUGGGGGAUUUUGUUUUUUAGUUUAUAUGUACCAUGACUUUGUUGUGAUGUUAUUGUGAAAACUUAUGUAACAUGGAACUGUGCAUUAUGGUGGGCAUGGUCAUGAUUCAUGAAGAUGAACCAUGAAUCCAUGAUUGAUGUUUCUGAGUA